AUGAUUGCACUUUUGGAGCGUGUUCGGAGUCAGCAGCCCCUGAACUUCUGUCCAGCCGUGACGGUAAAGAACAACUGUACCUGUCCAGAGAUUCCACCGAAGCCUCUAACGGAGCUUCCAACAGAGCGCUGCUUCCAGAAAAACGGCCGUUUUCGCUACAGUUGCAUCGAAGGAUACGUGAGGAAAGCAGGAACAUCAAAUCUCAUAAUAUGCAGCCAGGAUAAUGGUGCAUUACAGUGGAUUGGUGGAUCCCUCGAGUGCAUACCUGAUCCCAAAAUCCCUCCACAACCAAGGAGCACAUCUGGCCAACCGUCAUCUACAACGCCCACUUACUCCUUCUCACAGUCGCAGGGAUCUGCUGGAGCUUAUUCCGACUCUCCCCAGCAGAACACCAGAGGAACAGCCGGGACAGAUUACCCCGAAAGCCCACCACAACCAAAGAGCACAGGGAGCUACAGCAAUAUCCCACAAGACUUCAUCCUUACCACUACAGUCAGAAUUUCCCCUAGUCUUCAUGCGAGCUGGGAUGUGGUCAUCUCAACAUCUCAAAGAGGAACAGAGGAGUCAGAGUCAGUGUCACAAGACAAUUGUGCGUGUUCCGAGAUUCCUCCGAAGCCUCUAACGGAGCUUCCAACAGAGCGCUGCUUCCAGAAAGACGGCCGUUUCCGCUACAGUUGCAUCAAAGGAUACGUGAGGAAAGCCGGAACAUCAAAUCUCAUCAAAUGCAGCCAGGUUAAUGGUGCAUUACAGUGGAUUGGUGGACCCCUCGAGUGCAUACCUGAUCCAAAGCUCCCACCACAACCACGCAGCAAAGCUGAUCUGAAAACCUCAACGCCCUCAGAGAGCACAGGUCUGGGAUAUCACAGCCGUCACUGA